AUGAGCCCCCGAAGCAUGUCAUUGGCGCGGAAAUGGAUUAUCGUGCUUCUUAUCUGCACAGGAACCUUAUGCGUGACAUGCACCAGUUCGAUUUACACAGCGACAUAUACGCAAUUAAACACCGAGUUUGAUAUAAACCCCCUAGUCUCGACUGUCGGAUUGUCAACCUUCGUCCUGGGGAUCGGGUUAGGCCCACUACUAACAGGCCCCUUGAGCGAGAAUUACGGACGGAGAACCAUCUAUCUUGUGUCUUGGUCUCUAUUCAUCAUCUGGACCAUUCCGUCUGCCGUUGCAAAAAACAUCGAAACGAUAAUUAUAGCCCGAUUCUUUAACGGCUUUGCUGGAGGUACCUUUCUAUCUGUUGCAGGAGGAACAGUCGGUGAUGUUUUCUCGCGUAGUGAGAUCCAGACCCCGAUGGCUUUUGUGUCGUUAACACCCCUGGUUGGACCGUCGUUGGGGCCUUUGCUGGGUGGUUUUAUUAACUACUAUGUGCAUUGGAGGUGGACUUAUUAUAUUAUGAUAAUUUGGUCUGUCGUUCUAUGGUUGGCGAUUGUUUUCUUUGCGCCGGAAACAUACCAUUCCAUCAUACUGCGUGAUAAAGAAAGAAGUUGCAAGCAGUCGAACGAGGACCAAUACCAGGCACCUGUGGAGGCAACCUAUAAUAUGAACCUCUGGCAAAUCGGCCUCACAUUUUCAGGAAUCAUAACUGGGAUGAUUAUCGCAGCUGCUGGUAGCCCCAUCUGGUGCAGGAUCCGACAGCAUCUGGUGGAGAAACACGAAAAGGAAACUGGAGAUGGGGAGCCAGAGUACCGACUGCCUCCGGCUAUUCUGGGUGGUGUACUUAUUCCCGUCGGUCUGUUUUGGUUUGGGUGGACGGCGGACUCGAGAAUUCACUGGAUAUUGCCCAUUAUGGGAUCUGCGGUGUUUGGGUGUGGGAUGUCGUUGGUGUUCACAGGAGUUUUUACAUUUCUUGUCGAUGCCUAUCCACAAUAUGCCGCAUCCGCACUCGCUGCAAAUGGCUGUGCAAGAUGCUCCUUUGCCGCUGCAUUUCCCUUAUUCGGAAAUCAAAUGUACGAGAAGCUGGGUCACCAGUGGGCCACUAGUCUUCUUGCAUUCCUCACAGUCGUCAUGAUGCCGUUUCCGUGGCUAUUCUUCAAGUAUGGGAAGGUGCUUCGGAAAAGGAGCAGGUUCGCGGUCGAAACUUGA